ACAAACAUGUUAUUGUGAUAAGCUUAUCAGUUUGUUAUCAGUAAUGUCGUGAAAUGGAAAUUAAAAAUUAAGCAUGAAUUAUUUUGCGAAAUGGAAUACUAUUUCUUACCAGUCUUUCUAUGCGUAAUUAUUUCUUUCAAUUCAAUUCUAUUUCCCCAGACUCUCCAGUAAAACGCUGUAAAUAUGGAAGUUUCUGACAAUGAAAACGAAUACGAUCGAGCCCUAAUCGUUGAUAACGAAGUGACAGAAAAUCCAGGAGUGCAGAAUGAUUUUCAUGGAGUCAUUUACAAUCCGAAACCUAGAAAGCAUUUAAUCGAGCCUGCUGUAUUCCUCUUAUUCGCAGGGUUUACUCUUUAUGAACUUGUACUUCCAAACACGGUGGAAUUACAGUAUUGUCGAACUGUGCUGAACCUUACACAAGAUCAAUGUUUCAAUAAGACGCUAGACCUGAAAGUGAAAGCAGAAUAUGAGAAAUUUGCAUCCACUUUUUCCAUGUAUAGAUCAAUUAUUGAAGUGGCCAUUCCAUUUUUGAUCACAUUCUUCGUUGGACCCUGGAGUGAUACUUAUGGUCGUAAACCACUAAUAUUGAGUGCACUUAUCGGAUAUUCUGUCACUUAUAGUUUAUGGACGUUUGCCUCCAGUAUUCCAUCAUUGCCUCCGUUCUACUUCUUAUUUUUUAGUUUACCUGUGGCGUUCAGCGGAGGGCUUGCUAUUUUCAUACUAGGAACUUAUUGCUAUUUAUGCGAUGUAACUGCGUUGGAAAAUCGAGGAGCUAGAUUGGGAAGAUUUCACGCGAUCAUGAAUUUUGGAAAGUUAAUUGCUACCCUGUGUGUUAAAUUAUUACCGCCAGAUUAUACUUUGUCGUAUGGUGUUUCUUCGAUGUGCAUGUUCUUAGCGUUAUUUUACAUUUAUUUAUUCCUGGACGACUCGGUUGUACCAUCUCAGGUGGAGCUGAAUUCGCCGAAAAGAAAUCCAUUUCAUCUUCAUCAUAUUCGAGAAUUAUACGAAUGCUGUUAUACGAAACAAACGCCCAAAAUUCGUUGGAGUAUUUUUCUUUUGCUGCUCAUCAUGGCAACUUCUUCGAUUAGUGCAUUUGGUGAUGGCGAAAUAAUGUAUCUGUUUUUGCAACGAACCUUAAAUUUUGAUAUAAACCAGUACGCGAUGUUGAAUACUUUCGUAAUCAUUGUAAAUGCUUGCGGAUCUUAUGGAGGAACUUGGCUGCUGUGUUCCAAAUUACAACUGAACGAUCUUCUCGUACUCUCAAUCGCGGUAUUUCCUCGACUUCUAUCUGCUCUAGUGAUGGUUUUUGGUUACCAAUUGUGGCAUAUAUAUCUCGCCAUAACUCUAUCGUGUACGUUCGAUAUACCCGGAUCUAUAUUGAGAUUGUUUUUGUCGCGUAUUGUGGGCAAGGAUGAGCUCGGUAAGGUAUUUUCUUUAUUGUCCACUUCGCAAUCCAUCACUCCUAUGUUUGCCGCUAUGCUGUAUUCGACUGUGUUUAAUUUAACCAUAGCAACGAUGCCCGGAGUUGUGUUUUUCUUAUCAGCAAUUUUAUUUCUCUUCGUGUUGGUCUGUUUGGUCGUUUUGGUGAAAAUGUACGUUCCUGAUUCAACACGACGUUCUCUUGCAGUAACUGAGGAUACCUCUAGUCACUAAUGUUCAUUAAUUUACGUACCAGUAAACUGCAACUUAUCUGUGAUAUGUUGACUGUGUUUCUGAUUUUUUUUAUUCAUCAUCAAAGAUGAUUUGGUUCUUAAUUUUGAAAUUAAUUUGCAUUUUAAUGAAGUAUAUAAGUAGUUAAUAAAUUGUAAUGUUUCGUUUAGCUUGAAGCUAUAUAUUCAUCAGAUCUUUACCAUUAUUGUGUUUUAAAUUUUGAAUAUUUUGUUUUAUUAUUUUUCUGGCGGAAUUUUUUACCUUUUUUUUGAAUACAUAUUCUUAU